AUGAAUUUUAAUAUUAAUGCUGCAAACUACGCAGAAACAGGUUGGAAUCCGAUCUACCAAACUAGGGCUGCACCCCAUACAUCAAAAUGGACGGAUAUCAUGUUCCCUGUCAUGUGCCCACUUAGGUCCUGCUACCAAUGGGCUUAUGGUCAAAUCGAUACCGAUCUGAAGAAUGAUGGCUCAGCUUCCUUUGUGACCAUUAGACAAAAAGUAAUUAGCUACCAUAAUAGCGUUAGCUCAUCAGGCUAUCAGGGGCCGGAUCUGGCGGCGGAACUAGAUAAUGAUGAUAGAGGUCCCCACUGGAGGCAGAUGUCGGUCGGGUUACCGUUCUACCAUGCUGUGCUUGCUGCACCUGGGCCGAAGCAAUCGGUCCUCAGCUUGAUGAGCUGUGAUGAUGACUACAAGGAUCCAUCCUAUGCCGAUGAUGAUGGAAACCAAGAUGAAGACGACUUGGACGGAGAAGCCGACUCCUUACCGUCGAAAAUAGUAAGUCAAGGAGGCAAGAAGACGUUUUCGAUUGGUGAUACCAUUACGCUUCCCUGUGAAGUCCAUAAUAGAGCUAGCGCUGUUAUUCAGUGGCGCCGAGGACCCAGAAAGGCUGCUAAACCAUUGUUUUUCGAUCGCGUUCCUCAGACCACCAAUCCCAGGUUUGAUUUGGAUGACCAGUACAGCCUCCACAUCAAAGAUCUUCAGGAAGAUGAUGCUGAUGAGUACUACUGCCAGAUCAUUGGCAAAGAUGAUAUACUUGUUUAUACCGUAGAAGUUUUAACGAAACCAAAAAUUCUGCGGUUAUACCCUGAAGGAACAUCGAAAACUUUAAAGAAAGGAAGCCCACUUACUCUUAUGUGUGAAGCUGUAGGUGAACCCAAACCAAAGAUUUCAUGGACUCACAAAAAAAAACAUUCCCAUGUGGAAGAAUCUUUCUCUGAUGACUCUAUUACAAUUGACAAAGUGUCUAGAAAGCAUAGCGGUGAUUACACAUGUACAGUUAACAAUGGAAAAGGAACUGACAAACAAACUAUUACAGUUAUAGUUGAAUAUGAACCAGAAAUUGAAAUCAAUAGUGAAGUUGUUCAUUCAGGAGAAGGUUACGAAUCAGAAUUGACAUGUGUUGUACAUGCUCAUCCUGGUGCUAAGGUUACUUGGUUUAAAAAUGAUCAACCAUUAAAAGAAUCACAUCAUAUUUCUCAAGUCAAAAAUGGAAGCAGCCACAGCCUUCGAAUUUCAGCUACUAAAAAGACAGACUUUGGAAAUUAUAAAUGUGUUGCUAACAAUUCCAUUGGGACUACUUCCAAAGCUAUUGCUCUCUCUGGUUUAGAGCCUGGAAAUGCCCAAAAUCAAAUAAACAUAGGUCUGCCACCAACUCCUGUUUUUGAAAGUACUACCAGUGCUGAAGAUGGAAAAAGCCCUCGUCUAACUUGGAAAGUGAUUAGUCGUUCUCCGAUUGAGCAAUUUGAGCUUAUGUAUAGAAAGCAGGAGGAUGAUCAGUGGAAAACUGCCUCUCCAUUAGUUACAACUGAAGGUGAAAGCAUUUACAUUGCAAGGUAUACUUUAAAAAAUUUAGAACAAGGUACUUACUUUGCUAAAAUUAGAGCCAAGAACAGCUAUGGAUGGUCUUCACUUUCUGAAAUGAAAUCUUUCUCAGGAGUGCACAACAGUGAACUGGUCUGAUCAAUGAAAUGAACCAGAAGAAAGACUAUCGGAAGAAUGAGAAUGCCUUCAAACCUUUACCAAGCUUCUCUAAAAUGCUUACUUUGUCGAGGGAUCAGUAAUAAAAUUAAAUUAUUAUAUUUGUUGCUUUAAAUAAAUCAAUACUUUUCAAAUCAAUAAUUUGUAAUUGCAUUCUCUUUUUUGUCUCUUUCUUCUUCAUUUAUCUGAAAGAGCUUUUAUAAAAAAAAUUAUUUGUGUUAAAUAUGACAUUUAAAUUAUUGUAAUUAGUAUAUGUAUAGUCUUCCUAGUGUUGGAUAUAACUUUUACCUAGUGAGCAAUCAAAUUUAUUUAUUGAAAAAAAGUUCCGUUAACACAAAUCCUUAAUUGCAUUAAGAUUAUGGGCUAUUAUGUACAAAAAAUAUAUAUUAUUCAGAUCUUUUAUGUAUGAAAAUUUGUUUGAUUGAGUACCAGACAUCUGUAAAUUUAAGAUGCCAUAUAUCUAUUUUUUUUUUUCAUCCUUAAAAUCAAAUAUUUCGAUCAUUAAAUAUAUAUACAUGAAUUGUUAAUAAGUAAUCGGAACAUUUAAAACCAAAGUAUUUGUUUUGUAUAAAAAUUGUUGUGAAUAUUCAAUAUAUACCACAUGUUAUAGUUUAUAAUUAUUUUUAAGUAUGUUAAUAGAAUCUUAACUAGAAUAGGAUAGCUGUGUGAGUGUCCCUUUUUAUUCAAGCUUCUAAAAUAUUCAGAAUAAUGAAUAUUGAUGAAUAACUUAAUCUGUGAAGUAAUUCAAAUACCCAUUUAUAUUCCUUAUUUAAAUUUACUUAUUGUUUUUUGGUCAUAUCACAUGAUUUUGAAUUUAGAUCGAUUUCUUCUCUGGCAGAAAUUAAAUUUUUUAUGAUUUAUUUUUCCAAUAUUCAUUAUUAAUUUUAACACAGGUGCCUUUUCGAAUCAUUGCACAAAAUUUCUCUUACCAUUUGAAAUAUUUUUAUAUGAAUAUAAAGUUAUCAGAGUUAUAGUCCCUCAUAAAAGAACACCAGGUGAAGUUAGCCACGCCAUAACAUACCUUCGUGUUAAGCUUUUCACAUAGUUGUUCCUUACCUAGGUCACUUAAUAAAUUAAUUAGCAUAACUUUUUGAAUGUUAACUUCAUAUAAAAGAUUAUUUACUAGUAUCUAUUAAAAUAAUUGAUCGAAUGGUUUAUGGAAAUUUAUUUUUAUUUUAUGGCAAGGUGUUAUGUGGAAUAUAUGAGUACAGAGAGAAAUGUUAGUGAACAGGUAGUCUUGUGGUGGGGGGGAGGGAGGAGGGAUAGUUAUUUCAUCAAUAUCUGUGAGUAGGAAAGACCAUAGUAGGACCAUUUAACAAAAUUAACAAUUUUUAGAAGUAGGAUGAUAAGUGAAAGUGUUCAUAUUUUGAUGUAUUCAUCAUUUUUUUUUUUUUUUUUUUUUGUAUAAAUAUGUUAGAUUGAAAAAUAUGAAUGUAAAAUCAUAUAUGGAAUGUACUAUUUCAAAUCUCAUGAUUUUUAACGGCUACUUUUAGCCUUUUAUUUAAUUUUUGUAAUAUAUAAUUUAUGUAUAUUUUAAUAAAACACCUUUUAUCUGGUAUUCAAGGAGCCUUAUAGUGUGUACAAUUUAAGGUUGUCAGGAAAAAGUUGUGAGAACUUUUCUGCUAUACUGACUCAAUUUUGUAAAUAUGAAUUGUUGUUGUCGAGGUGGGUUUUGCACCAUUGUAUAGUUAGGAUGUACGAAAGAUAUAUUGUAUUUAGUGGCUUAUAAUAUAAUAAAAU